AUGGCGGCCAUUCGGCCAGCUGCUGCUGCAGGCUCGGCGACGGCCGCCGUCGCCAGCGCUCUGCUGGUACUCCUGGCCGCCGCGGCGGUCUGCUCCGGAUCCUCCACGGCGACCGGUGAUGAGGCCGAGCUCAUCGCCAGCACCGGGAGCAUGAGCAUCACCACCCGGGGGCAGGUGGUGGUCCCGGCGAUGUACGUGUUCGGCGACUCGCUCGUGGACGCCGGCAACAACGACUUCCUGCAGGCGCCAGCGCCCAAGGCGAUGCCCCCCAACGGCGUCGACCUCCCUCGCACCAUCCUGUGGCGGACGGGGCGCUUCACCAACGCCUACAACCUCGCCGACAUCAUCGCACAACAUGUGGGAUUCAGGAGGAGCCCACGCGCCUACCUCUCGCUGACGCCAUUGUCAUGGCUCGAUCUGCUUCGAGGUCGAGUCGGCACCAACUACGCCUCCGGCGGCUCCGGCAUCCUCGACGUCACUGGGAACGGGACGAUCACCCUGCGUGAACAGGUUGCGCUGUUCGCCAAGACCAAGGCGGCGAUCCUCCGGGCCGGCCUUGUGGGCCGCGAGGGCCUGGACGGCCUGCUGGGCCGGUCCCUGUUCGUCAUCAGCACCGGCGGCAACGACUUCGGUGCCUUCGUCGACCCCGGCGGCGUCCCCCUGAGCCGGGCGCCGGAGUUCAUGGCCGGCAUGGUCGCCGAUUACCUCAACUACAUCAACGAACUAUACAAGCUAGGAGCUCGGAGGCUGGUCCUGCUCGGCGUCCUACCCGUCGGAUGCCUGCCGAGCCAGCGCGCCACCACGGCGGACGGAGAGUGCGACGGCGACGGGAACUACCUGUCGGAGCUCUUCAACUCCCUCCUCCGGGUGGAGAUGGCGAAAGCCGUCACCACCUCCGUGCCCGCGAUGAGGUACUCCAUCGCCAGCCUCUACAACGUGCUCACCGACAUGAUCGCCAACCCAACUCUCGCCGGGCUGCGUGAGGUGAAGACGGCGUGCUGUGGCAGCGGCAGGUUCAACGGUGAGGUGGAGUGCUCGGUGGACACAAACCUGUGCGCCGACCGUGACGAGUACCUGUUCUGGGACACGGUGCACGGGACGCAGGCCGCCUACCGCCGGGCCGUCCGAGCCUUCUUCUACGGGACAACCAGAGAAGCGGAGCCCAUCAACCUCCACCAGUUGCUCCAGGACGAGCAGUAUUAUUCCGCGGCGACGGCACGAUACUCUUCCAUUUAA